AUGUGUCACCUGCGCAUGCGCUAACGGAUGUGAAAUUUUAAGGGUCGGACUUUUAUCAACUAUCGGAGUUACAAUUUGGUUGAUAAUCUAAAACAAUAUGGAUCUGAGAAAGGAGCUUUGGCUCUUUCUUGCUAUUUCUACAUCUCUAAUACACACAGUGUUAGGGGAUGACCCCAUCGUGACCAUCCCCAACUCCACGCCGGAUGUGGACCCAGUGGACGGAUACAUCAAGUGUCCCAAGGAUGAGGACGCCUUCCUCAUCUGUGCUGUCACCAACAAACCCAUCGACAGUGACGUGAAGUGGGUCAUGCAGGCUGUCGGAGACAGCGUCCUCACCCCCAUCAGCACCGAUCUUAAUAGUGAGGACCCCUUCAAGUACAGUUUGGAGAAACCGUCGCCUACUGCCUGGCGCCUCAAGGUGCAGAACGUGCAGGUGACAGACGAGGGCAGGUACACCUGCAGGGUGCAGACAGGCUCGCAGAUCUACGUCCAGGCCGUAGCCGACAUCAAGGUGACAGAGGUCCCUAGGAUAUCGGACCUGUCCACCAGCAGCGACACCACUGUUAAGGAGGGAGACAAGGUGAUGCUGAGAUGCAAUGCAACGGGACGCCCCUUCCCCACCGUUGCCUGGAGUCGUAUGGCAGGGGAGCUUUUACCAACAGGGGGACAAGAACUACAGGACAAUAUUCUGAACAUCCCUAGCGCCAAGGCAGAACAUGCUGGGAUCUACAAAUGCACUGCUAAGAACUUCGCAGGCCAGGACAACAGGAACAUCUAUCUGCAGGUGAAAUUUAAACCCCGAGUGACAGUGGAGAGUCCAAGGGUGGGCCAGGCUCCCGGCUACUACAAGAGUUUGAUCUGCAUCGUCAAGGGUUACCCUGUCCCAACAACCGAGCAGGUGUCAUGGUCUCAUUCAGUCAGCCCCAUAUACUCUGCGGGCAGAUUCGAGAUUACAAACAUACCCGGAGCCUACAACCGCAUCACGAGCAUCCUCACCAUCAAGGGAGUGCAGCCGUCGGACUACGGAAACUUCCGGUGUGCUGCCACCAACGAACAAGGGGAUGGAGAGGCUGCCAUUGAGCUGUAUGCCUCCGACCAGCCGACGCCUGACAGGACGGGGCAGAUCAACAGUCGCUCGUCCGCGCUGGUCAUCAGCGCCACCACGCUGCUGAUGCUGCUGUCAACAUGCCUCCUCCAUCGACUCAACUUGUGAACGUAGGACCAUCGCAGACCUCAACACUUCUUUGGCUUGUAUACAUGGCGUUCUUCUGUCACCUGUCGAUAAACCAGGCACUUACGCAAUGUAGUGCUAUUUUGAGAUUGGUCCCAGAUUUUUCCGACCAAUCGACACGCAGAUCACAUUGGUUUCGAAAGGAAGAAGAUGAACAUUUCGUAUCUACAAAUUUUUGUCACACUCUAACAGAAAUUCAAACAUUGAAAUAAGAAUCUGAAAAGAAUUUUUUUUUUCCAGUUUUUAUGCGAGUGGAGGAAAAUCUUAUUACUACGCGUUAACUUUAGUUUAUAGAAAAAGCCAUGUUUUGCCUUGUGGCCUUUGGGUGUGGACAUUGCAUGAAUGUCUGGCAUAGGGUUUGAAACAUGUUCAACAUGGGACUGGUUUACAUGAGGGCAGGACAUGCUUACCCUUUUCGCGAACACCUGGUGUCAUCACUGAUUUUCAGUGAUCCAUUCAUAUAAUUUUCACCUCUAUUUUGCCUUUUUCGCCCAAUGGAAUCUGGUCCGUCAUAUAUUCGGGACUGGUAAUUCUCUGACGUUGAUAUUAUAUAUUCUGUUUCAUUAACGGACUGAAAAUACCCUAUUUGACGUAAUAAGCGCCCAGGGCGCUCUCGAAAUUAGAAACAGGGGGCUCUUAUUAGAAUAUUAUUUUGGUGAAAAAGCGAGUUGAAAGAUAAAUUUCAUGGUUUAUGCUGACAGCCUGAAAUGUUUAUAUACGAUCAAUGUAUUUUUCCAGAAUUUAAUUGCCCAUAAUAAAGGGUGCACAUAACACACGGGUGCAUAUUGUAUGCGAAUAAAUAAGUCUUGUGUACAUUGAUCAAUCGGAAGGGGUGCUAACUGGGAUUGUUCACCAGCCAAUAUAUUAGCAAAUGUCACCAUGGGCGCUUAUUAGAGCGGGGCACUUAUUACGUCAAAUACGGUAGACACAAUGUCUGAGUGUAUUGAGUUGUGAUGGAGAAAUGAAGUGUAUUCAUCCUUGUGAAGUAUUGUGGAUCUGCAUGUACAGUAAUCAUAGUACCAGCCAUGCCUUCAAGACUUUCCUCCGUAUCCAUCCAUUAAACAAAAUGAUGAACAAUUGGGUUGAUGAGCUGCUGUCACAGACUUCCUGUGAUGGCCAGCCCUGUGACAGGGCGUAUGGAAAUAAGUUUGAUUAAUUUGACCAGACCAAUUUAUUUUCUUGUUUAAAAAAAAAAUUAGUCUGAUUAAUUGACCACCAAUUUUGCAAAUGGUAAUAUGAAAAACGUGUUGAUAUACUUUUAUGUUGCUUGUAUACUUUUUUAAGAAAGAACAUUUCAAAAAUUGUUUUGAGAAUUGUCACUUCCCAUCUUUUUAAGAAAAUGACCCACCUUCAUUUUAAUGAAAUCCUGCAAACAUGAAAUUAAAAUUGUCUGGACUUAUACAUUCAUAAGGAAAAGAUUUUAUGGAUGUCAACUUCUUUAUUAUGAGGAAUGAGUAUAUACUUAAUUACUUCUUGUGAUGAAGGAGUAAGUAUACACACCCCGAAAUGUUGUUACUUAUAAUUAAGAAGUUGACAUCCAUAAAUUGUCUUCCUUUUAUGCAUCACUUCCAAAUGCCUUUCAAAAACUUAUAAAUUCAGUUGAAAAAUCUGUAUUCUGCUCUUUUUCAGGAUUUGUAUAUAUGCAAUGAUUUACUGUGAACACCCAGUUCAAGAUAUUUAAGACAUUUUGUUAUCCUUAACUUUGCCAGUGGUAUGGUAUUAAAAUUUUAACCUGUGAUCAUCUUCAGUAAUAGGACAGUGUGUGCCAAGAAACUUAAGUAGGACUUGUGUUGUUAGCAACGGCAGCUUCUUGCAUACUGUAUUCUACGUAAUAAGCGCCCAAGGUGCUCUCAGUAUAAGAAAUAGGGGGCUCUUAUUAGAAUAUUAUUUUGGUGAAAAAAUCGUAAAUUUCGUGGUAUAUGCUGACAGCCUAAAAUGUUUAUAUAAGACAGAUAUAUUUUUCCAGAAUUUAAUUGCCAAUAAUUAAGGGUGCAUAUAACACACGAAGGCAUAUUAUAUAAGAAUAUAUAAGUCUUGUGUACAUUGAUCAAUCGGAAGGGGUGCUAAUUGGGAUUGUUCACUAGCCAAUAUAUUAACAAAUAUCUCCGUGGGUGCUUGUUAGAGCGGGGUGCUUUUUACGUCGAAUACGGUAUAGCAUAUUUGUUCUAUUUGAGAAUAUUUUUAUCAGUCACCACCAUUAAGGAUUAUAGAUUGAUUUCAUGCAUUAAUUGCAACACAUGUUUAGGUUUAAAGUAAUUUGAUUUUAAAACAUUUGUUAGACAAACAAAUAUUCCCACUUUGAAUGCUAUAAUGAAGUAUGGUGCUUCAGGUCUAUUUCAGUUUGACAAAUAUUAAUUAAAAAUGUUUUGUUUUAUUCAUUAUGUAUAGUUUUUGAAUGUUUGUAGGUAUUUUAAUUUCAUCCGAUCAGUGUUAAGGAAAAAGAAUGUUUAUAUUUGGGGUGAUCUUGACAUAUGCAUGAAGGCGUCUCCAGAUGCUUGUUAUCAUGAAAGUCAUGCAAACGUAGCAUGACAUGUCAUGUCGUGUCAUGUCCAUAACUAAUAGGAUGUCGUAUUCUGUGCGUGACAUUUUACAAAUCUGUGUAUAUAUUCUGAGUCCACUUACUUGUCCGUCAAAUACCAGCUGGCUUUUUUGUAACCCUAGGCAACAAUUAUUUUUUCAAUUUGUGACAAUGUAUGAAAGCAGUUUAUUGCUAGGAAUCUUGAAGGAGAAUAUCUAAUCAGUCUUCUCUGACAGAGGAACAGGGCAGAAAUUGUAUACAAGUUUGUAUCAAGUUCAGUGUAAACUGUAUUAGAAUAAAGACUAGUAUUAUCAUGAUUAUGGGAUUUACAUAUACUCAAAGGAAAAAGUUACUGUGACAUAAGUUUGUAAGUGACAAGAAUCCAAAUCCCUAGAUCUCUCGAUGUGUAUUGUAUUGUUAAAGAGCAAAUUGGUUUUUUUGCUAUUCCUUCACUGUCUAACAAUCCUGCCAAGUAUCUAAGGUGACACAACUUGAAGAUCAGAGUUGUGUCCCUUUGCUAUGCCAGGAUCUGCUUUGUAUGAUUACGAUUCUUGGUCUGCCCUUAAUGAUGCAACAUUAUUUUCAGUCAAGUCAUCAAUUAAUACAAAAACAUAAGUGGGAAUUGAAUAACUGAGUGUUUAAAUAAUUAUUUGAAAUUUCAUAGCUUUUAACAAUUCUUUUUAUGUGAUAUUUAAGGAGCAUAUUACCAUGAUUAAGGUCUUAUUAUGUCAUAAGAAACAAAGUAGAAGCACAAUUGUAAACAGAGCUCCAGAUAAGCUGCAUAUCUGCGUAAAAUACGCAUCAGAAAUGCAGAAAUAUGCAGUAAAAUAUAAUCCAAGCGUAUCAAAUAGGCAACGAACAUUACAGAUAAGCUACAAAAAUAAAACUUGUGCGUAUCAUCAAAAUAUUGUGACGUAACCCUGCGUUUUCGUUUAGCAACUCAUUUUGAAAUUAUAAACGGGCAUUCCGUCAACCUUGCCAAACUCCACGAUGACAGUUACAUCACGAUCAUUUGCCAUCACACUUUCUUGUGGAAGUAUCGUGGUAUUUUUGAGUCCUAUAAAGCUCUCGAACCCACAAGACACCAGUUUGCAGGGACUAGAUGAAUAGUGUUUUUUAACAUUUAACUUAAAUACCCACAUGUGUAAAAACUAGUGGGUAACAGAAAUUGGAAUACCCAGAUAGAAUUACUGAUACCCAAUGUUUUUAAAAUGCAUGGGUAAAAUACCCACAACACCAAAAGCUUAUCUGGAGCUCUGGUAAAUCAUUUUCAGCGGUGUACAUUAAUUCCUCUCAUGUAAGUGUGAAUAUGCUAAACUAUACUUAUCACUCUCGGAUGUAUGUACGCUGUAUAACAGUUAAUGAGUUUACGCAAUAAUUCAAUUAUAUUUUUAACUUUUUUUUUUAUGGCAAACGUUGGAUAUUCUUAAUGUGUACAUACAAGAUCAUAUUGAUUCAGCCUCAUUCAUCUGUAUAUAGGAAAUCAUGUAACCAUGGUAAUCAACUCGACUUGGCGUGAGUUGGUAAUUAGAAGUCGCAUCAAUAUAUCAACUAUCGAGCAACUAGAACCUAGAUUAUGGGUAUCACUUCUAAAUGCCUUUCAAAGACUCGAACGUAGAUGUAAUAUAUUCGUUUGAAAAGUGAGAAUCUGAUUUCUAUUUGGAACCAUAUGUAGCUUUCAUCAUAAUACUUUUGACAAAUCUUAGGGAGAAAUUCAGAAGCUUAAUGUAGGAUUAAAAAAUGCAGUUCCAAGUUUUGAGACCUACCCCCCUGCCACACCGAAAACUUAAUCGUGGAAAGAGUGACUGCUUUUCCAGUCAUCCGGUUAUAAUACCUACCAUUGAGAUGUCAAUCAUUUUCAUAAUACAAAUGUGAAUAUAGUUGUUCUUUCUUUUGACUGAAAAUUUUAUUUUGUGGGAUGGAAGUCUCUCACCCUUCCCCCCACACCACCCCCAAAAAUGAAGAAACUAUUUUUUUCUGUAAUCAGCUUUUCAAUUUCUCCCUUACAAAACAAGAAGUAAUUUACACAUUCUGUACUAAUAACAUGAAGACCAACAGUAACUUGGAUAGUGAUAUAUUUGAUACUGAAUUUCUAAAUAUUCAGUGUUAUCAAGAUUCAUCCCAAACUUGUUUUGUAAUUGAUUUAUCAACAUUCCAGAGAAUUUAUUUCGAAACAAUGUGUACAUAAUUUGAUAAUAAACCAAUUUGUAUUUUCUA